UUCGAACAGACUUUCGACCGAUCCAUUGAUGGAGUUUGCGCGACGCUCAUCCCCCUCAUUCGCGAUUAUUGUUGCUUUGUUGUGAAAACGAACAACUGUCAAAACCGCCGAUUUUUCUCUCGUAUCGGCGGACGUGCUGUUCGUUCCUGAGCGAAAGUCAGCGUCGUCUCGAUUGAGAAAGCACAAAAUGCGUUCUUUCCGCGCGAAUGUGACGAAAUUGAAGGCGCGAUGAUCCUCCCCAGCUGAUUGCGGUCGCUUGCCGCCGCUGUGAUUCCGCAGCGAUUUAAACCGUUCGGCACUCGCGGACGAUCAACAACGAAUAAAUCCGGAGAAAUUUCUUAUCUCGAUUGCGACGAAUCGCGGGAGCGAAUAUCGCGUUUACGGACGAGUUUACGGAGGGGAAACGUCAAGAGCUGAUUUUGACGAUUUUUUGACAGCUCCGAUUUUUUGCAUCACUGUGUUCGGAAGAAAAAAUAUAUCAACGAAAUUAUCAAAUGAUAACUGUACGAUUAUUCUGUACGAAAUAUGAAGAUGGCUUCCUCGGAGAUUGACGAUUUUUUGACCGGGCCGUUGGUCACCUGGUUUGUCAGCUGUCUGGAAGAUCCCAAUAUAAAUUAUGAAGAUUUAGUGGAUGGUGCUUUGUUGCACAGUGUCUUUCUGCAAAUCAAUCCAGAACCACUGCACGACGAAGUAGUGCCUUCCAAUGGCAAUCCUGUUGUUCGAACAAAAAACUUGAAGACUAUAGUACAAAAUAUGAAGCAAUUUUAUGAAGAGGAAUUGGAUCACUUAAUUUUAAAAUUACCAGACAUUUCAAAUUUAGGAAAGGAACCGGAAUUGUAUAUAGCAGAUAUGAAAUUGUUGCUGUUGCUACUUCUUGGAUGUGCUGUCCAAUGUCCAAAUAAGGAAAAAUUUAUUACCAAGAUAAAAACACUACAUGUUGACAUGCAACUUGCAAUAGUGGAGUGCAUUAAACAGGUUACAGAUCAUCAAGAUAUAGUCAUUACACAAGAUGGCAUGGAAAAUGCUAACAUGGGUUAUCUGUUUGUCCAAAUUAAAAAAUGGCUCCAAGAAUUGAAUUUAUAUCGAGAGAAAUGGAGAGAUGCAGCGCUAGAUGAUAGUGUUGAAAGAAAUGACUCCUCUAUCAGUGCGGAAUCUGAAGAAAUGAGUAAGACGCAACAAUCUCAUCCUGUCACCAAAGCAGAAAGAGAAGAUAAUCAUCAUUAUGCGGAAUUGGCUGACUGGAAAUCUAAAGUUCGGAAACAGCGCCAAGAAUUGGAGGAAAAAACGGAAGCUUUACUUGAAUGUAAGGAAGAAUUGGAGCAUAAUAAAGCAUUACUUACAAAACUAAGACAAGAGCACCAAGAACUGAUGCAUGAAGCUCGUACUGCUAAAUCGUACAGGGAUGAAUUGGAUGCUGUAAUUGAAAGAGCAGAUAGAGCGGAUCGUUUAGAAAUUGAAGUAGCACGGUAUAGAGAAAAACUCACAGAUAUUGAAUUUUAUAAAACUCGGAUAGAAGAAUUACGUGAAGACAAUAGAGUUUUAAUGGAGACUAGAGAAAUGCUUGAGGAACAAUUAAGUUCAUCAAGAAAUAGGACAGACAAAGUAUUAGAGCUUGAAUCUGAAAUUAUUAAAUAUAAACAGUUACUUAAUGAUAUGGCAUUGGAACGUGCUGCUGAUAAAGAAAAAUAUCAAGAACUUGUUGAAGAAAAUACACAAUUGCAUCAAUUGACAAAAGCUGCUGCUAGUGAGGCUGCAUUAGCAGGAUCUAGCGAUUCUGAAGAACCAGUGCACGAUGAUAAUAGACUGUCUGAACAACUAACAAGUAAUGCUCAGACGCGAGCAUUAAAAUUAGAAUUAGAAAAUCGUCGUUUAAACACUUUGAUCGAUUCAUUAAAAGAAAGUUCGUUUUAUGAAAAUUCGUCUCGCAUUUUGGAGUUGGAAAAAGAAAUAAAGAAACUUUCAUUGAAGAUUGAAUCAUUAAAUGAUAAUAAAGAAAGACUUACACAACAAAAUUCCGAUUUGGAAUUGGUCUGCAAGCAAGCAUUAGAAGAAAAUAAAAAACUUCAAAAUACCUUAAAAAAUCAACGAACUUCUUUUGAGAAACAACAACAAGAAAUCCAAACUCAUCAUACAAAAAUGAUGGAAUUGGAAAAAAAUUAUGAUAUAGCAGUGAAAGAGAAGCAACGUGUUCAAUUAUUAUUAGAGAGUGUACAACGACGCGCUGACGAAUUGGAACGUACUCUGGAAAUGACAAAUCAAAAAGUUGAAAAGUUGAAAGUAAUUGAAAACAGUGCUAAUGAUAUUAAAUCCAAGUGCCUUGAUCUUGAAUCGAGAUUAACAACAAUAGAAAAAGAGAAAGACACAGCACAACGUGACAUUUACAAAUACAGGGAAAUGAUUGAAGAAAAAGAUGUAGCUUUAGAUAAAGCAACAAAUACAAUAGAAGUUUUGGAGAGAAAAGUCUUGCAACUUGAACAGGAAUUACAGGAUUGUCUUACACAAAUAUCAAGAUUGCAAGAAAUUGAACAAUCUAGCAAAGAGCUUGAUUCACGAGCUGCAAUUGACAGAGAAACUUUAGAGAUACUUCAGUCUAAUCUCGUAGCAGAAAAAUUAAACAAUCAACAGUUGUAUACAGUUCUAGAGAAACUUGGCCUUAGUGAUAAUAUAUUGUUAUCCCAACCGUUGGAGACUAUAUUGGAAAAAAUUGCCCAAAUACCAGAAGUAAUAAAUCACGUUAAAAAAUCAUUUAUAUCAGAGAGCAGUGAGAAAACGACGUCUGAAUCGACCACCAAUUCCGACAAGGAAAGCGAUUUGGAAACUAUGAUGGAAAUACGGCGAGAAUUGGAACAGGUGCAAACAAAGUGGUCUCUGUCUCAAACGGCAAUGGAGCAGUUAUUGUCUGAAAAUGCAAAACUUGAAGUUCACAUAACAACGUUACAAUCACAAAGCAAUUCAUUAACCGCACAACAUACCGCUUUACAAUUGGCAAAUUCACAGCUUGUCGCGGAAAAAGAAGAGCUUUUGAAAGAACGCAGCACGCAACAGUAUGUAUAUUCCGCGCUACUUCAUGAUCAGAAUACUUUGCAAUCAUUACACGAACAAUUAAAUAACGAAUAUGAGAAUUUACGUCGUGAACGGGAUGCCCUUAAAUCGAAUUUAAGAGAUGUAAAGAAUGAAAUCAGGACGUUGCGCGAGACUUACGAGCAACUAGAAGCGAAAAGUGAAACAUUGCAAUCUGAACGGGAAGCUUUGAUUAAUAACACAAAGAGCUUAAAUAAUUUACGAGGAGAGCAUUCAAAGUUGAAGGACGACUUUAGAAAUCUGUACACUGCAAGUGAAAGAUUAAAAGCAGAGUAUAGGAGUUUGCAAGAUGAUUACAGAAAGAAUAAAAUCGAGACGAAUCGCUUGAGUCUAAAGCAAACGGAAAUGCAAGGCCAACUUAGCGUCAAAGAUGAACAAUGUUCGGAUUUGAAGAUAGAAGUCAAUAAUCUUAAUGAACGAUGUGAUAUGCUUUUAGAAAUGAAUUCCGGAUUGGAUAAUGAUAGACGUUCCUUAAUGGAGCAUAUAAGUUCAUUAUUUGCGCAAUACCACGAACUUUUAACGCAUUCGCUUCAAGAUAAAGAGCAUUAUCAUAUGGAAGAAAAAUUAUUUGCGGAUAAAGUUAAUCAUUUGUAUAGACAAAAAGAAAAGUUGGAGGACAAGAUUAUGGAGCAUUAUAGACAAUUGAACAGUUGCACUACCAAAAAAAAAGGUUUCGGGGCCAGUUUAGUUCGUAGAGUCAAGAAAGCUGGAUCGGAGCUUCUUAAUAAGAAUCGACGCUCGUGGGCUGAAGAUCCCAAACAAUCGGAUAGUAAAACGUACGAGUCAGAUACAGGCUGGAAUGAUUCCGAUGCGAGUACUGACGAUUACCGUUUACCCGGGCCGAGUAGAGUUUUCGGAUCAGAUGCACUUGGACAAGCUGGUACCAGAAGAACAGUAUACUAUAAUGACGAUUCUCCGCCAUCAUCUGCUUCUUUACCCACGGACAGGAUACUUAGCGAACCCUUCCAGGAGCAAGGAAACGACGCUGUACAGAUGGAGACGAAUGCAAAAUCGGAAACGCAAGUUGAGUCACGGCCCUUUUUGAUCUAUAAUAAAGUAUCGGCGGUCAUAAACGAAUCCAAAAACGUCAGCAGUACUCCGAUAAAGGACGCGACGCGGGAUGAAGUACUCGCGGAAGCCUCCGUUGACAAAGAACCAAAGACCGGAAGUCCAAUAUGGUACGAAUACGGUUGUGUAUAAAUUCCCACUGCCUUUCAUCCUUCCAUUGAGAUGUUGGAGACGGAAAGAGGGAAACAAUGUAUAAAGUAUUUUCAUAUGUAUAUUCUCAUUCACAAGGAAAUGUACGUAAGUAUUUUUUUUCCUAUUUUGAUCCAUAUUUUUCCUUGUUAAUUUAAUUACAUACGUUUUGUAUGCUAUAACGAAUAAAAGCUACACGAGUAUUUGUUCAAAAGUAUCGCAAAAACAUCAGAAAGUAUUAUGAGACUAAAGAAUUAUUUCUUCUAAGUAAUGUUUUUCUAGUAAAUAAACUACCUAUAAUUAGAUGAUUAGAACUAUAAUUAGAUGCAUUGCUUCCAAAAUUAUUAAAUAAAUUUAAGAAUAGAGCGCUAAUACGAGUUCCUAAAAAGCUGUUUGUUAAGAUAAGUUGAAGAUAUGUUAAUUUCAUUGACGUGUAAUUUAAGAAUUUUUCGUGUAAUGUAUUUCUGCUUAAUCUUAUUUAUUUUUAAUCCAAAUCUUAUUAAGACUAUGAUAACAAAUAUUACUCUUUUUAUUCUCUCUUUCUUUCUCUUAUGAAUAGAAGAGAAAUUGGAAGAAAUGUAACUUGUUGUUCAAACAUUUAUGAAUCAUUUUCGUGAAUGACUGCCAAUAUAUAAAAUAACAAAUUUACAAUAAUUAACAAUAGUGUGCUCGAUUUCAUUUAAUGAUUAAUUGGUUCUAUUUUUACGUAUUUAUACAUAUACGGUACUCGUAUAUGCUUAAUAAGGUUUUUUAAUAUGUACAUUGCUAAAAUUGAUAAAACACUACUUAAUAUGUACAUUGCACACCUAUCUGCCGUUGAUAAGAUUUUAGAAAUAUAAGGUAAAAUUAUUCUCUUUUUUUUGUAGACGCCAAGACUAGUAGUAGACAAGAAUUUGUACUGAAAAUAAGUAGUAUAAGUGUGCAUUAAUUUUUACAAUUACACUGAUUACCUCUUCGACUUUUAUUACAAUAUAUACAUAUACAUAAUAAGUGCUGCUAGAUUAUUUUUUACGUUUUGAUAACUUAUAUUUUUAUAAUAAUUGUGUGUGUUUUAUACAUAUAGGUAGUAUAUAUACAUUUUCCGUGUCUUAAAAUUUUAUUGCGCGAUUUUACACGCAAUAGAAUGUAACUAAAAUAUAUAAUUCAUCGAUUGAACAUAUUGAAUAACGUCCGUUCUUGCCAUUGUCGAGUAUUAUUUUCUAAUGCGUCUUCCUAUGCAGAAUAAAAUAUAAUAUCGGUACGUGACUUGUAAUAACAAUUUCGUUAUAUCGCAUGUUAAAUAAAAGGAUCAUUUAAGAUGAUA